GGUACAGUGGCGUCAGUGCUCUCUGGCGCCUCCCCAGACAUGCAUUUUGUACUAGUUGUCUCGCAUUUUUUCACUCGUCUCUGUUUAUAUUUUUGACAAAGGGGCAUUUUUACACGAAGUGAGGCUUCAGCGUACAUCGAUACAAACGCAGGAACACCUCCAACAGCAGUUUUAUCCGCUGGACUCUCUUAAAGGUUGGAAACGAUGGCGUCCGUGUGGCAGCAGGAGCCAUCAUGUUAUUCCCCCUGCGUAGAGAUCGACUCCAGCUCUGUCAGGUGCAAGGAACGGCUGACCUCUCCGGUCUGGCUGAAACAGGAACAAGACGACCUCCGCAUCAUCAAGUGGGAGACCUUUCAAACGGGAGCCUCGGCAGAUGCUGUUCAGGACAACACGCCCAGCAGUGCCAUGUCUGCCGCCUCACAUCAGGAAAGCCUGCCCCCGCGGGUGCUGCUGACCAUCACCAAGCUGCAGUGCAUGCUGGAGAGCAAACAGGAGCGGAUCGCUGCACUGGAGAAGCAGGUGGAGGACCUGAUGCAGGACCGCAAGUUCCUGAGGAGCCAGAUUGAAAACCUCACAAGUAGCCGCGCCAUGCCAACCUUUGCAUCACCCAGUCCAGUGACUGAAGCUCCUAAACCCAGCAAAGUGCAGCACUCGGAAAACAAAUCUCGGAAGAGAGAAAAAGCUUCUUCUUGUUCCUCUGACAGCAGCGACAGCGGCUCUGAGGCGUCGGAAUCAUCCGAAGUUUCAGCAGCCUCAAGUGAAUACAGAAGGAAGAAACACCAUAAGGACAAGAGAAGAUCAAGGAAAGGGAAGGACUACAGCAGGAAGAGGGCCACCGGUGUCCAGUAUGUCGUCCACCGCUACAAACAAGUCCUGUCGGCCUUCAUCAAGAAGAAGAGCAUGAGCGAAGCCUUCCGCCAUCUCGGAAUCGACCGGAACACCAUCGCCAACACGGCCUCGAUUGCCGAGCUCCAUCUCGCCGGCAAAGACAUGGUCCCCCUGGUGGGCAUGUUCCGCCAAGGAGAAGAGACUCUGGUCAGCUACGCCAACAGGUGCACCCUGGUCAUUGACAGCGACGCUGACCUGUCCAGGAAAAUAGACCAUAUGAAAGCUAGCGGCGAGCUUCUGCCCAUCGCAGGAAAAAGGCAGAGGUUGUUGCAUUCUCAGAUGCAACAGAUGGGGGGCGCGGCAGAGAGCAUUUUAAUAGGUUGAUGGAUUUUUAAUUGCAUGUAGUAGGGGUGAAACGUAAUGCCUUUUACAAAAACACCAAAAUGGAUUUUUAUGUUUUAUGUAGCAGUUUUUUUCUUAAAUUGAUUUAGUUAAUUAUUUUCAGAAUGUGCAUUUCAGGAUGUAUAUUUUGCCAUAAGCCAUAAAAAUGACUUACAGCUGCGGUCACUAAAGAGCAGAAGUGUGUGCUGCGUACGAAACGCCCACAAGAUGGCAGUGCUCACAUAUUAGAUCAGUUUUACAAAUCACUCCUCUUGUCAUUUACUCCAAAAUGGUGGAUUGUCAAUUUCCAUUUUCCAGCACCUUGUUUCUGUGGAGGGAUAACUUUUCUGUUCAUAGACAUUCUGAAAAAUAAUUUUGUUGACAUUAUCCUGUGACUCUUAUGCUGUAAUUGAACCGAGCGAUUUAAGAAACUGCGUUUGUUGUGUGUUAAUGUUUCUGACCUGCCAACAAAUGAAAACCAUGUGUUCAUAGAGAGAUUUCAGUGAGUUAUGUUGCCUUUGCUUUUAUCUUUUUAGAUUAUUUUUUAUUUGGGGCUUUUCCCUUUAUUUGAUAGUGCCAGUGACUAGACAGGAAAGGUGGGAGAGAGGUGGGGGAUGACACGCAGCAAAGGGCGGCAGGUCGGAUUCGAACCCUGGCCGCUGCAAAGGACUCCUACUGGAUGAGGCUAGAGGUCGCCCCGCCUUUGCUUUCACCUUGCAUCACAUCAACGCCAAAUUAUUUAACGUCUGUCUUCUGUGAGCUUAAAUGGGAUUGACAACAAAUGAAUUGCAGAAUAAAUGCGUAUUCAAUUUGC